UUUCUUCGACGGAAGUAGUAUACAUUUCCGUCCGCCUAGUUGUCCUUGGUUUCCUCUCGGUUGAGGUGACAGUAGUUGGGGGUUGUUGUUAAUUUAAUAUUUUUGUCAGCAGUUGUUGGGUAGGGGGGUAUUUUUCUCAGGUAGCAACCAUGGAGCUGCUGCCGGUCGAAGCCAAGGGUCUUCCUCCCCCAGACAUCCUGAAUAGAAAUUCUGCGUGGUUCGGACUGGUCGGCUGGUUCUCUGCAAUGCUGCACAACGGACUGAACCGCAGGCCAGCACUCAGAUCCGGUGUGCACCGUCAACUGCUGUUGGUAAGCAUUGGCUGGUUUCUAGGGUACCACAUUACCAAAUACGAGAAUUAUACAUACGCCAGACUAGAUCGAGAUAUGAGGGAGUACAUCCGACUGCAUCCAGACGAGUUUCAGGAGAAAGAUAAAAGGACCUACGCAGAAGUUUUGGAGAAAUUCACUCCCAUUCGCUGAUUCAGUAUUGUUGACCUCAAAUGGGAGAAAUUUUAUUUGAAGCUUGGUAGGGAGAUGUUAUCUGCUGUAAAGGGUAAUUUGUGAGAAAUGCUUGGACAGAUACGUACAAAACAUUAAACACGUGUAUAUGAUAAAUUAAACUUCUUUUUUUUUUCUCA